AUGACUUCAGCGGAUGAUAGCUUAACGUGUGGUGAUAAAUUAAGAAGCUUAGGACAGUUUAUUUAUAAUCAUGAACGAAAAGAAGUACUUGGACGAGAUGGGGAACGAUGGGGAAAAGUGGCCGUAUUUUAUUUUUUCUUCUACGUCGGUUUAGCUGGUUUCUUCUGUGCUAUGUUAGCUGUAUUUAUGGCAGUGAGUCCAAAAGAUCACCCAAGAUAUUAUACAACGUCCUCAAGGAUGCAAACACGAUCUAAUCCAGUAUCGCCAGGACUUGGCUUUCGUCCACAACCAUAUACGGACAAUUAUUUAAUUGGUAUUGAUUUAAAGGAUACAGAAAUCAACUCUAAAUGGAACCCACAAUUGUAUACGAAAAGUUUAAAGCAGUAUUUAACCGUUACUCAUAGUCAAAAUAGAAAUAAAACGAAAAAUAAUGCAAUGAGUGGAUAUCAAAGUCAUGAAGGUUAUAGUACUCCAUUCAAUAUUGAUACGCCAGGUGAUUGCACGCCAGAAAAGAAUUAUGGCUAUAAUGACGGUAAACCAUGCGUUCUUGUUAAAAUGAAUAAAAUCGUCAAUUGGAUACCAGAAGUUGGUCGAACAAACGAAGAUAAUAAAGAGGGCAAAGAUCCUUGUCCGGGUCCGGCAGAGGGUAUACAAAUAAAUUGUCAUGGAGAAUAUCCUGCUGAUCAAGAUAGUAUCGGAAAUUUAACUUAUCAUAGUGAAGGUGAUAAAGAGGGCAACAGUAAUUGUGGAACAAUUAGAAUAAGCCAACGAUUUCCAUAUCGUGGUAAAUCCAAUCGUCUUGAUAUCUAUCACCAACCUUACAUAUGGGUUCAGUUUUUGACGCCUAAACCCAAUGUAUUGAUUAAUGUUUUAUGUCGUGCAUAUGGUGCAAACAUUUAUUAUGAUAAAAAACAACUUCGUGGUUUAACACGUUUUCAGAUCUAUAUAAAAACCUUAAGUACAGAUAAAACGAGUCUUUGA